ACUUCCUCUUUGCAUAUCAAUGCUGACCCCUUCGACCAUUGCAUUCAGCCUAUUUAGGACCAUCGGCACAACGUAAUUUUGACGUCCAUCCGCUGGCUAAGAUCAUAUUCAGGUUGUCAGCCAUAGCCUAACGGUACAGUUUCGGCAACGCUUUACCCCAUUGCUUUAGCGACAUGGCUAAGCACAGAAUAUCCUGCCUGGCCCCUUCCGACAUGGAUCUCCCCAAGUUGCACCACCGUUCCGGGUGAUAUCGACCAUGGCAUUUUGGGCGAACCUGUACGUACCGGUGUAUUACAGCUGUACCCAGAGUCUCGUCCUUGACAGAAACGGGCUGCAUACAGGCAUCCGGGCUUCUUGGAGUCUUGCAUGAGCACUACUCCCAAAAUGCCAAAAUGCCAAAAUGCAAAUAAUGGACCUCCGCAAACGCUAAAAGCGGAUGGUCCGCCUUGUAAUGGUCGCACGAAUGGUACUCCGAGACGCCAAUGUUCUUUAUCAGGACAGAAUUUUCGUCGUCUGAACGGUAGCCAGCGACCAUGAUUGAGUCCCAGGGUGGCUCCAUCAGCGGCCAUGUCAAUGGCAAAGAAAAUGGCCACAUCAACGGCCGCACAAAUGGCUACGCCACCAGCAAAUGCACAGAGAGACCGGUCAUGGCUCCAUCGCAGCCUGAGCCGGUCGCAAUUGUUGGCAUGGCGAUGCGCCUUCCAGGGGAUAUACACACCUCAGAAGCUCUGUGGGAGCUGCUGAUCAACAACAAGACGACUAGAGGCCCGGUCCCACGCACAAGGUACAAUUCAGAUGGCUUCUUCACGGCAAGUGGUCGACCGGGCAGCACUGGUGUUCGCCACGGCCAUUUCCUUUCGGAAGACGAUGGCAUCGAUGUACUGGACACAUCGUUCUUCAAUCUCAGCAAAUCCGAGGUUGAAAAGCUCGAUCCGCAGCAACGAAUGCUGCUCGAGGUUGUCUGGGAAUGUGCGGAAAACGCAGGUCAGCAAGAUUGGCGAGGAAGUAGUACAGGCGUCUUCGUCGGUGCUUGGGGUUACGACUGGGUUGACUUUCUCGCCAAAGAUCCCCAACAGGUCGGCGGCCUUCUCAAUGUAACUGGGUCACACGAUUAUACGCUUGCCAACCGGGUUUCCUACGAAUACGACCUACAAGGGCCGAGUAUGACGAUCAAGACCGCGUGCUCUUCUUCCAUGAUCUGUGUCCAUCAAGCAGUCCAAGCUCUUCGCAACGAGGAAUGCGAUGCGGCGAUCGUGGCUGGGACGAACCUGAUAAUCACCCCCACACAGACGAUUGAGCAAACUGAAGCAGGAGUUUUGUCUCCAACCGGCGAAUGUCGCACUUUUGACGCUGAUGCCAACGGAUAUGCACGGGGAGAGGCCAUCAACGCACUUCUUCUUAAAAAGCUCAGUAAAGCCAUUGAGGACGAGGACACUAUCCGCGCUGUUAUCAGAUCAACCGCCGUCAACAGCGAUGGGCGAAGUGCCGGACUUUCUACGCCGAAUCCAAAGGCACAUGCACGCCUGAUGCAACAAGCAUAUCGAGCGGCCGGGUUGAAUGAUCCGUCAGACACGCCAUAUGUGGAAGUCCACGGAACUGGCACCAAGACUGGCGAUCCACUUGAGCUUGAGGCGAUUGCGGAAGUUUUUGGAAGAGAGCAAGAAACGUACGUCGGCGGCGUUAAAGCCAAUCUCGGCCAUAGUGAGAGUGCUUCCGGCAUUACCAGCAUCAUCAAAGCUGUCGUAGCACUCGAAAAGCGCGUCAUUCCGCCACAGGCAAACUUCAAGACACCAAACCCCCGAAUCGCCUUUGAAGAGGCACGUUUGAUUGUACCGUUGAAGCCCACGCCGUGGCCUGAGGACCGCCCUGAACGAGUCAGUGUCAAUUCAUUUGGCAUCACAGGCGCUAAUGCUCAUGCCGUGAUUGAAUCUGCUGCCUGCUAUGCACAACGACUGUCGCCUGUGCCAGAAGGUCAAGCCUCCUUCAACAAAGAAUCCGAGCUGCUGUUGGUCUCUGCAACGAGCGUACCCUCCUUAAGAGAGCGUUGUACGCAAAUGCAAGACUACGUUACGCAGCAUCCCAACCUUGUGGCCGACCUUGCCUAUACUUUAGCCUGUCGUCGAUAUCACAUGCCUCAUCGAGCAUACUGCAUAAUCAGUGGCCUCAAGCCGGCAGAAUUCGUACUUGCCGAUCGAAGCAAGCACCCCCCCAAGCUGACCUUCGUCUUCACUGGUCAAGGAGCACAAUGGCCAGCGAUGGGCAAAGAGCUGAUUGAACAGUUUCCGACGUUCCGCGGUGACAUUGCCCAGAUGGGGAAUGCUCUUGGGCAACUUCAACAGGCCCCUUCCUGGGACUUGUUGGAUGAGAUCAUGCGCGAGGGAAGGAACAGCAGAGUCAACAAGGCCGAGUUCGCACAACCUCUGAGCACUGCUAUACAGAUUGCUCUUGUCAAUCUCCUCAGGACUCUUGGUGUGGUACCCUCCGCAGUUGUAGGUCACUCCAGCGGAGAGAUCGCCGCUGCCUACGCCGCCGGCGCUGUUACUUCUGGAGAGGCAAUAGUCACCGCCUAUUACAGGGGAUUGGCAACCACUAUGUGUGCACAGAAGGGAGCUAUGGCUGCCGUUGGUCUCAGCCCAGCCGAGGGAAGGUUAUAUCUUGAGAGGGGAGUUGUCGUCGCCUGCGACAACAGCCCUCAAAGCAUUACCAUUUCGGGUGAUGAGGAAGCUCUUGAAUGCACACUCAAGCAGAUCAAGCAAGAUGAUCCAAAUGUCUUCACCCGUCGGUUGAAAACCGAUGGAAUGGCAUACCACUCACAUCAUAUGACGGAAAUUGGCUCCACAUACGAAGAGUAUCUGAGAUCGUCGGUUAAGGCGACGCGCCCGACCGUUAGAUUCUACUCAAGCAUUACGGGCAAGCUGGAGGAGGACCUUAUUCUAGGUCCAGAGUACUGGCGAAGGAACCUUGAGUCUCCUGUUCGCUUCUAUCCUGCCGUGAGAUCCAUCCUUCAAGAUCAGCCUUCGGAUCAGCUGUUCCUGGAGGUUGGACCACACUCAGCGCUUGCUGGGCCUUUGAGGCAGAUUUUCAAGGCGUCUGCAUCCAAGUCGCGACUCACGUACUGUUCGUCACUGGUUCGCGGCGUCAAUUCAAGGGAAAGCAUUCUCGACAUGGCCGGGCAGCUGCACCUUCAGCUCAUCCCACUGAAUCUGCGUAUGCUGACAACAGGAUCGCAUUCACUUACGGACAUUCCUAUCUAUCCCUGGAACCACAGCAUCAGCCACUGGACCGAACCCAGAGCAGUGAAAGACUGGAGGUCACGAAAGUUCCCACCGCACGAACUCCUUGGAUCACGCGUUUUAGAAGGCAAUGACCUCGAACCCACUUGGCGGAAUAUGCUUCGCCUCAACGACAACCUCUGGCUGACAGGUCACAAGGUGUAUGACGAUGUGGUCUUCCCUUGCGCAGGAUACAUUGCAAUGGCCGGCGAAGCAGUUCGGCAACUGACCGAAAAGUCUGGCUACACCAUCCGCAACCUCAAUGUGAAAACAGCGAUGGUGUUGCAAGACAAUGCCGUGGAGAUUAUGACUUCCUUGAGGGGAUCAAAGUCGCCUCAAGCAUCGGUCAGUGGCUGGUAUGACUUUGCGAUCGUUUCGUACAAUGGCAGCACAUGGGCCGAGCACUGCAAUGGGGAGAUUCAAGCAGAUGAAGCGAUAACGUUGGUAGACUCAAUGCCUGAAUCUAUGGAAGCGUUGCCGCGAAGGGUCCAAUCACCAUACGAUGCGUAUGAGUCUGUGGGCUUGCACUACGAUGGCUUCUUCCAGGGCCUUGAAGAAGUGUCAACAAUGCCUGGUCGAAACACAGCAGUUGCAACGCUCAAACGUCAGGCUGUGACAGACUCAUACUAUGCCUUACACCCGACGACGAUUGAUCAUUGUCUCCAGCUACUUGGAAUGGCUUCCAGCGGAGGAAUGUCGAGACGUCUAACACAUAUUCCAUUGCCGACCCUGCUGGAGCAGAUCUCUGUGCAGCCUGCCAAGAUGCAAGAUCGCUUGCGGGCAAAGGCGGUUGCGAACCACACAACAAAGCAAGGCGAUAUCGAGGGCGAGAUGGUUGUUGUUGGUGAUGAAUCUACUGUCCUCGCAAUGACUGGGUGUCAUCUGUCUGGUUUCGAAGACAGAACGGCAGUUACUCUUGCCGACGAUCCGAUAGCGGCUGCUCGUGUCAGCUGGCGACCGCACAUCGAUUUCGUUCAACUAGACACCUUGAUGGUUUCACAUGAAAAGGAUCCUCAACAUCUUAUCAACAUCGAGCAAUAUGGCCUUUUGUGCUCUGCAGAAAUACUUGAUAGAAUUAGGGAUACACAAGAUUCGUCGUGGCAUUUCUCCAAAUUUCGGCGGUGGAUGGAAGACAUUGUUGCUGCAGGCCGCCUUGGCCAGAACGAGAUCGUGACCGCCAGCAAGCAACUGCUGGAGCUCGAUAACCAAGAGCGGCUGCACCUGAUGCAAAGUCUGAGAGAGCAGCUCAGAGAUUCACCAUUUGUGCAUUUUGCUGAACUCACAACACGCCUUCUUGACAACUGCAUCGGCAUCUUCAACGGCACAAUUGAGGUGCUCGAAGUGUACUUCAAAGACGACGCUCUCACUAAACUCUACGCUUUCACUGGUGAUAGGAUCGAUGCGUCGGAGUUCUUCAUUACUGCCGGUCACAGCAAUCCGACCUUGAGAGUGUUGGAGAUCGGAGCCGGAACCGGCGGUACUACCUUGGUUGCACUGAACGCGCUGACCGCAAUCAAGGGUGAGCCACUGUACGCAAGCUACACAUUCACCGACAUCUCGUCCGGCUUUUUUUCAGCGGCGAAAGAGAGAUUCAAACACUUCCCGGGCCUUGAGUUCAAAACCCUGGACAUUGGCCGAGACCCAGGGGAGCAAGGCUUCGAGCUUGGCACAUACGACCUCAUAGUCGCCUCCAAUGUUAUCCAUGCGACGGAACGUCUAAACGCAACACUGAAGAAUGUCCGUAAAUUGUUGAGUCCUGGUGGGCGAUUCUUUCUCCAAGAGCUUACUCCUGGCUCUGCAAAGACGAAGAAUCUGAUCAUGGGUCCACUCCCAGGCUGGUGGCUCGGAGAGGCUGAUGGUCGGGUAGACGAGCCCAUCAUCACGGUGGAGCGGUGGGACAGUGAGCUUCGCGCCGCUGGGUUCUUUGGCAUCGAGUGCGUGGUCCGCGACGAUCCCAGGCAUGCUGCAUCCUUCGGAGCAAACAUGAUUGCCAAACCCCUGAUCAGCCCGAAGGACUACAAGUCGGUCACGAUCCUAGUCGGCCAAGGGAAAGGCGAUGCCACCAUAGUUGAGCAUUUGCAGCAGGCCUUUGUGGCGAAGGAUUACUUCGUGGACAUCUGCACUUUCGGCGAAGCGAUACCUCCAUCUCAAGACAUCGUUUCGAUUGUUGAGGUGGACGAGCCGUUGUUUGACAAGCUGUCGGCAGCUGAUCUCCUAGCAUUCCAAAAAGCCGUCGCUGGACUAUCGUCGGCUCGAAUGCUAUGGGUCUUAGGGUCCGCCCAAGUCCGGCCCAACAACGCACAUUUUGGUCUGACGCUAGGCAUGGUACGUUGCAUUCGUGCAGAGAUGUCCACUCCUCUUGCGACGCUGGAGGUUGACAGGUUUGAUGCUUCGACAAGCGAAGUCGUGCUGAGAAUCUUCGAAAAGUUCUUGGAAACAGCAUCCACAGAGCGGCCGGACCUCGAAUAUGUGAUCACGGAAAACGUAGUGAAGGUGGGUCGAUACCACUGGUCGAAUGUUUCACGCGAGCUUGAGGCAUCGCAAGAUACCACCAAUCGUCCUCUCAAGCUUGCAGUGGAUGAUCCAAGGACGUCCAAGUCGAUGAUUUGGGUGCCUCAACCUGAUAUCGAGCUUGCGUCUGAGGAGGUCUUGCUCAGAUCGCUCUAUGUGGACUUGGGUCACAAGUGUUCCAGGUCACUAGAAGAAAAUGCUGCGCGUGGGUACGUUGCUGAAGUUAUCCAGGUUGGCACCAGCGUCGACAGUUUGCAGCCUGGUGACUAUGUGAUGACUUUCGGCUCACAUGGAGUGGCGACAAGAUUCAAGAUUGCAGCUGGAAAUGCGGUCCGCGUGCCCGAAAGCUGGACCUUGGAAUACGCGGCAACAGUGCCACUGGCAUACGCUACUGCACUGUUCUGUCUUAAGUACUUUGCCAGACUGCAAAAGAACGAUGCCGUACUUAUUGUGGACGCGUGCUCAAGUGCUGGUAUAGCGGCCGUUCGCGUCUGCCACUCGGUUGGUGUGAAGGCUCACCUUCAUGUUCUCAGCAAGAACCAAGUCACGUAUCUUGCUGCCGAACUGGGCGCUUUGGACGAUGUGGCCGUGACCUGUGAGGUGACCGAACAAAGCACUGUGGAUGACGCCCGGUUCGAUGUGGUACUCAACCUGCUACCGGCGCAGCUCGAGAAAUUGUCCAGGAGACUCACGACAAGGGGAAAGCUUAUCAACGUUUGCAAUAACCAAGAGGUGGAUAUGAAUGCAUUUGCCAAGAACAUCGUCUUUUUCAAUGUCGACAUGGCAGACAUGGACGAUCUGUCUCAGGAUCUUCUUCAAGAGGCAAUCUCACUGGUCCAGCAGCAAGGGAUCGGGCCACUUCAAGAGACAAGGGUUCUUGACCUGCAAGGAUUCGAGGCCGGACUUCAAUCCUUGGACAACGAUGAUAUGCGAAUGCUACUUUUGAAGCUCCCCACAGAGACGACCUCGCUUGCAAUACAGCCCCCAGUACCGAUUCUAGAGUUUCAAAGGGAUGCUUCGUAUCUCAUUGCUGGUGGCCUUGGUGGCCUCGGUCGUGCCAUCUCAACAUGUAUGGCCGAGCAUGGAGCUCGACACUUUACAUAUCUUUCACGCUCAGCCGGCAGCACCGCACAUGAACCUUUUUUCCGCGAACUCGAAGCGCAAGGCUGCACUGUUCAGGCGAUCCCCUGCGAUAUUUCGUCGCCAACAUCUGUCCGGAGUGCGGUCCAACAGGUCGAGCUCCCCAUUGCAGGUGUCCUCCAGAUGGCUAUGGCACUUCAAGAUCGGCCUUUCCUGUCAAUGACUCUCGAGGACUGGACAACGGCCAUCAAGCCCAAAGUCGAUGGCACCUGGAACUUGCACACUGCACUGAUUGAGACAGAAGCCGAUUUGGACUUCUUUGUCAUGUUCGGCUCCAUCUCGGGCGCGUUUGGCUUCCCCGGUCAAGGCAAUUAUGCAGCGGGCAACAGCUUCCAGGACGCAUUCACCCAGUACCGGCAUUCUCUGGGCCUUCCAGCUUCGGUCUUGGACGUGGGUGUCAUGGCAGACGCCGGCUAUGUGAGUCAGAACAAGGACGUGCACGAGUACUUCCGCACUGCCGGCAUGCCAUUGCUCACCGAAGGUCAACUUUUCGAAGCUCUUCACCUGUCGAUUCUCCAGCAACAUCCAUCAUCACAAGAGGAGCGGUCUAUACUUUUAGCCAGAAGCGGGUCAGAAGCGGGACGGGGACUGGGAUCGGCAAGUCCAAGUCCAAGUCCAAGUCCCGGAUUCACGUCAAGAAGCCAGCUCACUCUAGGCGUGCGGGCGACAAAGCCCAUGACGGACCCGACAAACAGGGUUCUGUGGAAGCGCGACCGCAAGGCAGACAUCUACCGAAACAUCGAGGCUGCGAGAUUGUCGAACUGCUCAACGACGGCCACUGGCAGCACAUCGGGCAGUAGUGGUGAUGACGAAUUGGCGGCCCUCAUGACAUCCUUGAGGGCUGCAGCUGCGGCUUCAUCAGACCCAACCACCACCAUCACCACCGUCCUCGGUAGCUCCGAGACAAUGAAGUUGGUCAGGCGUGAGAUUGGAGCCUUUGUCUACGAGUCCAUGCUGAAAGCCGUGGAUGACGAGGCGGACAUGGAGUACGACCGCAGCUUGAUGACUUUGGGUGUGGAUAGUCUCGUCACGGUCGAGGUGAGGAGCUGGCUGAGACGGAAAUUCAACGUCGAGGUGAGUACAUUGGAAAUGCUGAACGGCGGCACGAUUGAGGUUUUGGCAUCGUUGGUUCUGGAGAGGCUCAAGAGUAGAUUUGUCGAGCAGAGCACGCAGAGCUAGGAACACUAGUACUAGCUUGAGCUAGGGACGACAUUUGGUGGCAAACAACUUUUCGUUUGUUGUUGCUCUUUUUGGUGUUACUUUGCCUUUUCCUCUUCUUUCUCUCUUUUCCCAAUACGAGUACGAUGUUAUCUACGACGCGGAAAAAUCUAUCUGGCAAGCCAACGGGACGCUGGUCAGGCUCUUAGA